AUGGAAUACUACAACCUGAGGGCCUUUUUGCAGAACUGCUCGGGGGUCGGAGACGCUCUCUGCAACCUCACGGGGAACGUCAGCGGAGCCGGUCAGCAUCUGACCAUUGACGACAUCCUCCUGAAUGUUCUGGGACCCAAGAGGUCCUCCUUCUUCCUCCCGGUCUCCAUCAUCUACCUGCUCAUCUUUAUCACGGGCGUCACCGGCAACCUGCUCACCUGCACGGUGAUUGCCAAGCACCGCAAGAUGCGGACGCCCACCAACCUGUACCUGUUCAGCCUGGCCGUGUCAGACCUGCUGGUGCUGCUGUUUGGCAUGCCGCUGGAGAUUUAUGACCUGUGGCAGAACUACCCCUUCCCCUUCGGAGAGGGGGGCUGCUACUUCAAGACCUUCCUGUUCGAGACGGUCUGCUUUGCCUCGGUGCUGAAUGUGAUGGCACUGAGCGUGGAGCGGUACUUCGCUGUGGUGCACCCCCUGAAGACACGCUACGCCGUCACCAACAAGCACGCCCGCCGGGUGAUCGGCAUCGUGUGGGCGGUGUCCCUGGCCUGUGCUGUGCCCAACACCUCCCUCCACGGGAUCUACUACCUGUACCUGCCGGAGAGGGUCGCCGAGUCGGCCACCUGCAGCCUGCUCAAGCCGCGCUGGAUCUACAACCUGGUCAUCCAGGUCACCACCGUCCUCUUCUACCUGGUUCCCAUGACGGUCAUCAGCGCGCUGUACCUGGUCAUCUGCUGCCGGCUGGACCGCGAGCGCAGGCUGCCCCACGGCACUCUGGGAAGGAACUGGAGCUCCGGCAGCAGCUGGAAGAUCCAUGUCGAGAGCGGCCGGAGGAGGCAGGUCACCAAGAUGCUCUCGGUGGUGGUGGUGGUGUUUGCGAUCUGUUGGGCUCCCUUCCACGUGGACAGGCUGCUGUGGAGCUUUGUAACACAGUGGACGGACCUCAUGCACAGGGUGUUUCAGUACGUGCACAUCCUCUCUGGCGUCCUCUUCUACCUCAGCUCUGCCGUCAACCCCAUCAUCUACAACCUGCUGUCCACACGGUUCCGGGAGUGCUUCCACGAGCUGGUGUGCCUGCGCUCGGAGGCCCUGGCCUCCCGAGGAAGCUCCCCGCCCCCGCCCAAACUCGCCAAGGGCCCCUCCGCCCUAGGGGCCUCGGCUGGGGACAGGGACCCAGGGAAGGUGCCGGCCUUCACCAUUUCUGCAGGCAGCUGGGAGGGCGAGGAUGAAACCACGUACGCGUAA